AUGGGUUCCAUCACUGGAGACUGGAGGCUCAAAGCGGCCCGAGGAAAAAAGAUUCAGCAAGAAUCCAUUCCCAAGCAAUGGAUUCUAGCCCCCGAGCGACUGCCUCCGACCAGUCAGCUGUGCGUCAUUGACGUGCCCAAAGAGAGCGGAUUGCUAUCUGAGAAAGAACUCAUAAUCACGGAAUCGACUGCGACGAGUCUGGUGGACAAGAUGGCGUCCGGAACCUGGACGGCGGAAGAGGUCACGAUAGCUUUCUUGAAACGAGCCACUCUUGGGCAGCAACUGUUGAACUUCGCGACCGAAUUCUUGGCCGAAGAGGCAAUUGCUCGGGCGAAAGAACUGGACCGGAUUUUUCACGAGACCGGCAAGAUCGUUGGGCCGCUCCAUGGGGUGCCCGUAUCAGUCAAGGAACAUAUUGGAAUCAAGGGAAGGGUGUGCAACGCAGGAUACGUUUCCUGGAUGGACUAUAUCUCGCCCGACGACGCAGUCGUGGUUCAACUGCUUCAAAAAGCCGGAGGAAUUGUUAUCGUGCGCACCAACGAACCGCAAUCAUUGAUGGCAUGGCUCGAGUCGGACAAUAACAUCACCGGGCGGACCUUGAAUCCUCAUAACCGGAAUCUCACACCAGGGGGCUCGUCGGGAGGAGAAGGCGCCUCGAUGGGUUUCAAAUGCGCGUGCCUCGGGGUCGGCAGCGACAUCGGAGGGUCUAUUCGAGGCCCGGCAGCAUUCAACGGCGUGUAUGGGCUCAGGCCCACCGCUCAUCGGUUGCCCCUUGUAGGGUUGAGAGCCGCAGGGAUGGGACAAGACUUUAUACACGGAGUAGUUGGUCCGCUUGGGCAUAGCGUCGAGGAUCUGGAGUUGUUCAUGAAAAGUCUUCUGGACCAAUGCCCAUGGAAGGAGGAUAUGAGCCUCGUGCCUGUCCCUUGGCGAACAGCUGGGCCUCCAGCGACCGCAAGCUUGACAGUAGGCAUCAUGAAGGAUAAUGGCCUGGUGCAUCCACAUCCACCUAUCACACGUGCCCUUGAGCUCGCCGAGAAGAAGCUCAUCGCGGCGGGAGUCCGGGUCGUUGAGUGGAAACCAUACCAGUACCAAGAAUCAAGCGAUCUUACGGCACAAUUCUACUUCGCCGAUGGUGGGAAAGCCCAACGGAGCGCGCUGGCCGAUGAGCCGCUGUUGCCUCAGACGACAUUGGCAUUGGCAAUGGGCAGCCCUGGAGGGCUCGAUGUUUCCACCAGCUGGGAUCUGAACUACCAGAAGGAGGUCAUCCGCGCCAUGCACCAUGCCGAGUGGCAGCGAGCUGGAGUCGACUUUGUGCUCAGCCCUGCGUAUGUUGGCGUGGCACCGGAGCAUGGCACGGCCCAGUACUUCUUUUAUACGGCCCUGUGGAACGUCCUGGAGCAGCCGGCGGUGGUCUUCCCGACCGGGCUACAGGUCGAUGCAAAGAUUGACGUGGCGGAUGCAUCGUACCAGCCGCGAAGUGAGCUCGAUGCCCGAGAAUAUGCGAAAUACUCCCCAGAGAAAUUCGACAAGGUGCCCAUCAGCCUACAAUUGGCAGGCAAGCGGUGGCAUGACGAGGAACUUCUUGCUGGGGCCAAGGUUGUACAAGGCAUAAUCGCCAGGUAG